AUGGCAUUUCCCGCCCAGACUCCGGAAUGGGUUAAGCGAGCUCGGGACGCGAAGCAGAAGGACGGCCGCAACAAACCGUGGGAGAAAACCUUCCGUGGCACGCAGAUGGGUCAACAGAAAGGAUCCGACAUAUGCACUUAUGAUGCCAACUCCGUCCACGAUAACGGCGGUGAUACUCGUCAAGCUGCCAAAGCAGCGGACAUCAACUGCAGUACACCCAAUAUGAGCUCUCUUCUGACUAAAUUCCAUUAUUUAUUAUGGGAUCCGAUAUACGAGACAGAAAAACCAUUUCAGAUCUACUCUGACAUACCACCAGAAGCCGAGGACAAACGUCAGACGAACUUGAAGUUCGAGCUCGCAGCUGCUGCCGAGACAAUCGAGGACGUACGUGGUCGGGAGUCGCUCUUCACACUCGACAGCCAUGGAUUCCAGUAUAUCAGGCACCAUUCCAACGUUUCGGAAUUUGAAUUCUAUGAGGGGACUGGGGUUGAGGAUAAAUACCUGCCUGAAUGUGAGGAGGUUCUGAAACAGCAGCUGGAUGGCGUGGAUGAGAUUUUGCUGUUCGAUUGGAGGAUUCGCCGAUCGGAGACUUCUUUGCAACAUGGACAGAGAGUCGAUUUCAACGAUAGGCACACCGUUUUUGGCCCUGUGAAAACACCUCACGUUGAUGCAUCGCCUGGCUACGUCGUCGACGUGGUGGAGCGUAACUUCCCAGACCGUGCAGAUUUCCUAUUGACCUCUGGCGUCCACUUGGACAAGCCGUCGAAUGCUGCCCACUUGCUGUCUCCGAUGGAACCACAGUCAGCGAGGCAGGUCUGGUGGAAACUAAUCGUGUUCGGCGAGCCCUGGUCAACUCGACGCUUUUUUCGUUGUACCAAGAUGGUUAAAUGGUACUAUAUGAGCCAGCAGACUCCUUCAGACCUCUUGAUAUUCAAGAAUUUUGACUCUCAGGAAGGUGUUGCCAGAUCUACAAGUGUGAACAAGAAGCCAAGGGAGAGCAUAGAAGUUCGGAUGCUGGUUUUCACGUAUCCUGAAACUGAUGAAACCCGUGAAGAAUGA